CCAUGAAAAAGCAUAAGACAAAGACACCCGAGUGCAGGGAGGGGGAGCAGCUCCGAACAGGGAGACUAGGAGCGGCUGUCAGGAACAACAGCACCGUUUCGCGUUAUUCACGCAUCUUCCGGUUCCUGGUUCUCUGGAAUACCUCACAGAUUAACUAUUAAUGUGAUACACUGGCAUUAAUUCCAUCCUUCAGCCACAAAUCUUGUAAAGUCUGGGGUCAAGAAAAAGAAUCAUGAUGAACAUGAUGAAUCACACAGCUUUUUCUCAGUUUAUUUUGUUAGGACUAACCAAGGACCAAGGCUUUCAAUCAGUCCUUUUUGUUCUAUUUUUGAUCAUUUAUGUGUGUUCUUUCUUAAGUAACCUUUUUUUGAUGGUUUUGAUAUUGGUGAAUCAUCAUCUUCAUACCCCUAUGUAUUUUUUUCUAAGUCAUUUGUCUUUUGUAGACUUAUGUUACUCCUCGACUAUUACACCGAAGAUGCUGGUGGAUAUGACCUCAGAGUCCAAGUCUAUUCCAUUCAUAGCCUGCGCCACCCAGAUGUUUUUCUUUGCCAUGUUUGCUACAUCUGAGAGCCUCUUGGUUACUUUAAUGGCAUAUGACCGUUAUGCUGCUAUUUGCCAACCACUUGUCUAUCACAACAUUAUGGACAAGACUGCGUGUUGGGGUUUGGUUUGUGGAGCCUAUUUUACCAGCUUCCUGUCCUCUGUGACUCAUACUGUCGCUGUUUUUAAAUUCCCAUUAUGCGGUUCCAAUAAAAUCAAUCACUUCUACUGUGAUAUCCCCCCACUACUAAAACUCACAUGUGUCCAUGCCUACAUCCGAAAAGUUGUUGUCUUGUCGAUGGCUCUUGUAAUGGGGGUUGUUUCCUUUUUUGCGAUUCUGAUGUCCUAUGUAUUAAUCAUAUAUAACAUCUUGGGAAUUCAUUCAGCAGGUGGACGAUACAAAGCGUUUUCCACCUGUGCUUCCCACCUUACUGUUGUUAUCUCUUUCUAUAGCACUGUGUUUGGAAUUUAUUUUCGGCCAAGCUUAGGGUUGAAGUCCAACAAUAUGGACAAAAUUUUUUCGAUUUUUUAUACGGUGGCCUCCCCAUUAUUGAACCCUAUCAUCUACAGUUUUAAAAAUUCAGAAAUUAAAAAAGCAGUGAUGACUUUUGUGGGUAAAAGCAUUUUUGCAAGCACUUAAGCAUCUUUGGCCUUGUUUAAUCAAAUUUUAUAGUAUGGAAAUGUAAACAACAGCAAUAAACUGAGCAUAACUAUGUAUGGAGAAUA